AUGGCCCAACGCGAACGUCCUCUCAAGGACUAUGCCGUUCCCUCCGAAGAGGAACCUCAUUCGAGUAUCGCGCCCCCUAACAUCGAAGAAAGGAACUUCGAAUUGAAACCCGCGCUGUUGCAAAUCGUGCAACAAAACCAAUUCUCUGGUUCGCCCACGGAGGAUCCGAACCUCCACCUCUCGGUGUUUGUGCAGUACGCAGACACAAUAAAAGCCAAUGGUGUCGAACCCGAAGCAAUACGACUCAGUCUUUUCCCGUUCUCUUUAAGAGACAGAGCUAGAGCUUGGCUUCAAGCUUUACCUACAAACUCCAUCACUACAUGGAACGAAUUGAAGAAGCAAUUCUUGGCCAGAUAUUUCCCGCCAAGCAAGACAGCUAUGUUAAGAGCCCAAAUCAACGGAUUUAGGCAAAAAGAUGGAGAAUCACUCUUCGAAGCUUGGGAAAGAUACAAGGAUAUGAUGAGACUCUGUCCACACCAUGGUUUAGAACAAUGGCUUAUAAUCCAUACCUUCUAUAAUGGGCUUCUAUAUAACACUAGACUCACCAUAGAUGCGGCCGCCGGUGGCGCGCUAAUGGAUAAACCUUACCAAGAAGCCACCCAGCUUAUAGAAAACAUGGCCCAAAACCAUUAUCAAUGGGGAAGCGAACGCGCUGCCAUAGAGAAAUCCCAGACGAAAGGUGGAAUGUACGAAGUAAGCGGCAUAGACCAAGUCAAUGCAAAAGUAGAAGCCCUUUCUCAGAAAUUGGAAAGUUUAACUCUACCGGCUACCGUAGCUGUAGUGCAACCGAACUGCGAACUAUGUGGAAUUCCCGGACACAUAACCUCUGAAUGUCAAUUACUAGCCGGACUCGACCAAGUAAAUUAUGCGCAAGGAAACCCGUACUCCAACACGUACAACCCUGGGUGGAAAAAUCAUCCAAGCCUCCCCUAUAAGAAAAAUGAUGCUUUAUUUACGCCUAGCACUCCACCAGGCUUCCAAAACCAAAUAGGAGCCCCUGUUGCUCCCGUUGCCCCUCAAAAGUCAAACUUUGAACUUAUGAUGGAGAAUUUUGUCCUAGCUCAGACUCAACAAAAUAAGGAAUUCAUGAACCAAAAUAUUCACACUAAUGAGUUGAUUAAGCAAUUAGCUAACAAAAUCGAUUCCAUUUCCACUCAUAAUAAGAUGCUAGAAACUCAAAUUUCUCAAGUGGCUCAACAACAGUUAAAAGACCCCGUUGCUAAAAGAGUUAGAGCGAGAGACUUAGGAAAAAGUGUAGAGAAAGACUCGGAGAGUGUAACUGACAAGGACACUGAGAGAGAACCAAUAGCAGUGGAGGAUGGACAAAAAUUGAAGGUUAAAGAGGUGAUUGAGAAUGAUCAAGAAAAACCAUAUGUACACCCUCCUCCUUACAAGCCUCCUAUCCCAUAUCCUCAAAGACUUGCAAAAUCUAAGAAUCCGGGACAGUUUGAGAAGUUUAUCGAGAUGCUCAAAAAGCUUCAUAUUGACAUACCCUUUAUUGAGGCUAUAACCCAGAUACCUUCAUAUGCCAAAUUCUUAAAAGAAAUUCUUUCAAACAAGCGAAAGAUGGAAGACAUUGGGCAAGUGGAAUGCAAUGCAAUUAGUGAAAACAAGCUAGCCCCAAAACUCGAGGACCCAGGAAACUUUUCUAUUCCUUGCGUUGUUGGUAGAUAUGUCAUAGAUAAAGCCCUUUGUGAUCUAGGAGCAAGUGUAAGUUUGAUGCCUCUAUCUAUCUGCAAGAGGCUCGGACUUGGAGACUUAAAACCUACUAAGAUGUCCUUACAGUUGGCUGACAGAUCUAUCAAAUACCCAUUAGGAAUACUGGAAAAUGUUCCAGUAAGGAUCGGCCAACUGUUUAUCCCUACUGAUUUUGUGAUCAUGGACAUCAGGGAAGACGUUGAUAUUCCCAUUCUGUUAGGUAGACCUUUCUUAGCUACUGCGGGCGCUAUAAUAAAUGUAAAGAAAGGGAAGCUUACCUUUGAGGUUGGGGAUGAGAAAAUCGAGUUCAUACUAUCUCAAUUCAUGAAAGGCCCCACCUUUAAGAAUUCUUGUUGUAGACUCAACAUAGUUGAAGGACAUAUCGAUAAAAGCACCUUUGAACAAGUCCCUCCCGACAUACUAAAAUCCCACCCAGUAAAUGAUAUCUUCCAGAAUACGAAACACAAAGAGGGUGAGGAUUAUGAGAAUAUACUAGGUGGAUUUCCUGAUACUCAUGACCAUAUUUUUAAAGAAUGCCAAAUGCUGGCACACGGGAAGAUUCACGCCGUGAAGAAGAAACUCCCACCUCCUCUCACCGGAAAGAAAGCAAAAGGGAAAACACCUAUUAGAUGGUUGGAUGUGUUCAAAUGGAUCUCUAAGAAUGUUGAGUACAGUGUUAAGGAUAUCAGUCUGAAAGAGGCGCCCUCUUGA